AUGUCAGUUCCGUACAGGAAUUUCCCACGGCUCAGGCGCCAGACCCUUCCCAUGUCGAACAGCACAGAAACGCCCGGCGGCGAGGUACCCACCUCGUCGUCGUCGGUGCCUCCCCCACCCGAGACGACCACUAGCCCUCCUCCGCCCGAUACCUCGACGUCGACAUCGACAUCGGAUGCACCAACCACGACUUCUACAUCAAGCUCACCACCGGCCCCCCCAACCACGACGACAACGACCAGCUCGCCUCCCCCACCCGAGUCCACGUCAAGCGCACCCCCAGCCGCUCCUAGCACUACAACAACACCACCUCCGGCGGAGAGUACUUCACGACCCCCUCCGCCAACUUCAACGGAAACCUCGUAUCGGACCGUUACCUCUGCCCCAACCAACCUGCCCAGCAACUCCACAUCAUCGCCAUCUCCUUCCUCGACAUCAGGCCCUGCCAUCAGCCCCAUUGACAACCCGAGCGGAGGGCUGAGCAACAGCGGACGGAUCGCCGUGGCGGUGGUGGUGCCCAUUGCAGCUGUUGCCAUCCUUGUCCUGGUGGGUAUUUUCUUGUGGCGCAAGCGGAAGCAGCGGAAGGACGCCGAGGAGCAACGGCGAAAGGAGGUCGAGGACUAUGGCUACAACCCGAACGCCGACCCCACGAUACCCGCAGUGGCCAGCACUGCGUAUGAGAUGAGGGAUGACGGCGCGUCGGGCUAUCGAGGCUGGGGCAGCACCGCGGCUGCUGGCUCUACGGGGAGGAAGGCGUCGACCACCAUGUCGGGCGGCGCCGGGGCUUCGUACUCUGACGCUGCUUCGCCCACGCGUGCUGCCGUUUCAGACACGCGCUCCGGAGAGCCCCUGAUGGGCGAGGUGCCUCCUUCUCCCGAGGGUGAAAUUCUAGGGGCGAUGGGGCCAUCGGCGGCCAAUAACCGCGUCGGCGUGCACCGCGGCCCUUCGAACGCCUCGUCGUCGUAUAGCGCUGCCGGCCGGUCAGACGGCUCUGGCGACGGCCCAAUUGGUGUUGCGUACGGCGGAGGACCCCAUUACUACGACCAGUACGACCAGUACGGCGGCGGCAAUCCGUAUACGGACAACCCUUACGGCGGCCAGCAGCCGGUUGAGGCAGGCGGCUCGCCCGUCAUCCGCGACGUGACGGCUCGGAGGAACACACGCAUCGAGAACCCGGCGCACUACCCGCAGCAGACGGCUGGCAUUUCGCAGAAUUUUUAA